AUGCAGAGGUGCACUAGUUUCCUGCUUCUGUCCUUAAUCUUUUGUGCCACCCUGUCAGAAACAUUUGGACUGGUUUUUUCAGCCAGAGAAAAAAGGGGCUGGACUUUGAAUAGUGCUGGUUACCUACUUGGUCCACGUCGUAUUGAUCAGCUUUUACUGAUAAAGGAAAUGCCUAUUGCAAGGGGGAGAGAAGAGGCACCAGGGGCAUAUGCAGUAGAUAACCACAGAUCUUUUAAUGAGAAACAUGGUUUCACUGGUAAACGUGAAAUACAGCCUGAUGAGGAUAUUAAAGAAGGGAAUCUUGGAAGACCACUUGCUGAUGAAAACGUUGUGCGCACAGUAAUUGAGUUUUUGACAUACUUGCACCUUAAAGAGAUGGGAGCACUUGACAAACUACCUUCACCAGAGGAAACAAACCAGUCUUGAAGGAUGCAUUUUUAUUUUGUUGUAGUGUAGAUUUAGAUUGAAUUCUAAAAAAAGUCCAAAUGAUCUGAAG